GGCCACUCCAUUGAAUGUGAAAGUGGAAGGAGAUAGCAGGGCUCAUCCACAAGUUAUUGAAGAUCCUCGUAUGGAUAAUCUGCCUGUGUCGGACGACAAAGGGAUUCUGUGUUGAAGUUGCUGCUGACAGCUGAAGAAAAGCACAGUUGACCUCAGAGAUUGCGAGGACCUUACUGAGAAACCACAGUCCUGGCUCUAUGUGGAAACUGGUUGUUGCAAGUCAUCAGUGAUCACCAAAAGCCAACUGCGAAACCCAUCAAAAGGAGGGAGCUCAAUUCUGCCAAACUGUGAUGAGGAAACAAAACCGGCGCUGGGCGAACUGUCAAUCAAAGAGAUUCGCAGGAGGGUUGAGACCUACUGUCUGGUUGAUAAUCUGAUACCGUGGGAAAGCUGCCUGCAUUUGUAACCGCGUCUUUAGCUACGACAGUUCUCAGAGCUGAAGGGCAUUGUAUAAGAAGGCGAGCUGUUAAACUAUGAAGAGAUCUUUGGAACUGAGCUCCUCGGACAGCGAACUGGACUUUGAAGAACAUAGAAAUAUGAAAGAACCCGUGUUACCACCGACUUUGUCCCAGAGCCAAGCCAGAAAGAAACGACGCGGAAUUGUUGAGAAACGGCGCAGAGAUCGGAUUAACAACAGUCUCUCUGAACUUCGCCGACUAGUUCCCACUGCCUGCGAGAAACAAGGGUCAGCAAAACUGGAGAAGGCUGAAAUCCUGCAGAUGACAGUUGAUCAUCUGAAAGUGCUACACACGAGUGGCAGAAAGGGUUAUUUUGAGACUCCGAUAUUAGCCACAGAUUACCAGAUUCUGGGAUUUCGGGAAUGCUUAUCUGAAGUCGCUAGAUAUCUCAGUGUGAUUGAGGGAUUAGACCAUUCUGAUCCUUUGAAGGCUCGCCUGGUGUCACAUUUAAACACAUGUGUAUCACAGAGAGAAGUUGUAACUGCCGAGAAAGGCCAUCAGCUGUUGAGUACAGGAUAUCCUCACCAGUUUGUGCUGACCUCUCUAUCUCAUCUCAGUGCUGAUGCUUUUGCACAUAGCUUUCCUCCUGCAGAACAGAAUCAUCACAAAGAGUCAAUGCUCAGCAGUAUCCGUCUUGAACAUGUAAAUAAAUCAUCUUCUACAGGCUUUGUGGUCCCUAUUCUGACAAAUACUGCACGUGUAGCAUCUUCAAUUUUUCCAAUUUCUUCUCUUUCUGCCAUACAAUUUCCCCUUGCCAUUGAUCCUCUACUGCCAGCUUCUGUAGCCCAAACCCCAGUACCAGCCGUAAAAAAUGGAAAACACUUUUGGACUACAGAAGUGGGGGCUUUUUAAUUUGAAUUUUUAAAAUUAUUUUUGGAAGUCAAGGGAUAAAAAUUUUCAGGUAUCACAUUAAAGUUUGGAUUGUGCUCAUAAUUCUGUGUACAUUUCUGUGUACAGCUAUGAGUAAAGUGAAAUCUCAUUGUUAUAAACUCAGUGUAAUGGGAUCAUCUCAUCUGUCUUUGCCUUACUUAAUGAAUUUAUAAUUGUACCCUGGUUCACAGCAGGGAAACAUUAAUUAUUAGAAAAUUUGCAAUAUUGAAUUCCAAUUGUACAUAAUUUAUUAUCUAUGAUUGGGAUAUGCUUACAUUUCUUAUCACAUGAAAUUAUGACUCUUGAAUUAUUAGAAUUUGAUAAAAGAUACAUUUAGAAGUGUUAAAUAGCUUUGUGUGUAAUUGCACUUUGCAACUUAUUACUAUCCACUACAAAGCAGCAAGUGCUCUGGUUUGAUUCCGGUCCGUGUUCAGUUAGAACAAAGGGCAGCCAUGCAGAUAAGAUACCUGUGAAACUGCCUGGUCGUGAAAUGCCACUUUGAAAAAAAGUUUUAAAAAUUGCAACAAUAUGUUAAAUUAAUUGUUUGGCCUCAUCUGAUUAUUGCUUUCAGAGAGCUGAGUGUACCUGGCACAUGACAUUAACAGGAGUUCCACUAUCAUAGAAAGAAAGAAAGCAAUGCAAUAUCUCGUUGUAGGGUCUUUGGCUGUCGUGUAAGUUUUGAAUCAAGGGUACCCUCUAGUGUUCUAAUCUCUUCCUGCAAGUUUCUUAAUCUGCCUUUUCCUAUUUUGAGACUAAAGCUCAACAUUGUAAUGGAUUUAUUUCCUGAGAGCUGGCUAUGGGGCUUUCAGAAUUGUUAUUCCUUCUGAGGAAAGAUUAAGCUUCAAUGUACAUAAUAACUGAUUUCAAACACAUGGUGUCUGUAGUGAUUGUAAUGAAGUCAGUCAGGUGGACAUAAUAGAAUAAGUUCCCUGAUUGGGGCUGCCAACCUGGUCCAAUCACAGAGCCCUGGCUGACAGAUAUAAACAAGAAUGUCAAAGGCUCUGCUCACUCUGAGAGUUGGCUCUGUGAAUGUUGGACCAGUGUCAAGUACUGUGCAUGUGGAAAUAAAGGGUGACUUGGUGAUGGGA